UCCAAAACUCAGUCAUUCAAAUAAAGUGAUCUCUGUACAAAACAGAAAACCAAAUGUAAACCGGGAAGUAGAAGGGCAAGAAGAAAGCUGGAGGCAGAGUCACGGCCCCAGGGAAAGAGGCUCUGUGAGCACCUCGCUGACUCCUUUCCUGCAGCUCCCUUCCUACACACGUGUGAUCAUAGAACUGAACAUGCUUGCACAGAUACAUGCAUAUUAGGGGAUUUUUCUUUAUUUUUUAAAGACAUGGUGUCAUGUGGCACAGCCUGGCCUCAAACUCACUAUGUCGCUAUGAGUGACCUGAUCCCCUGCUCCCACCUCUUGAGUGCUAGGAUGACAGGUCCAAGUCACCACGCCUGGUUAUGAAGUGUUGGAGAACAAAUCCAGGGCUUCCUGUGUUGGGGACAAGCACCCUACCCACUGGGCUCCAGCCCCUACCUUCAGCUCACCAUGGCCAAACAGCUGCCGGCUCGAAGGCUGAAUGGGAUUGAUCACAACCCCUGGGUGGAGUUUGUCAGACUGGCCAAAGAGUAUGAUGUCGUGAACUUGGGUCAGGGCUUCCCCGACUUCCCACCUCCGGACUUCGCUGUGCAAGCUUUUCAGCAGGCCAUCAGUGGGGACUUCAUGCUCAACCAGUACACCAUGGCAUUUGGUUACCCACCUCUGACAAAGAUCCUGGCAAGUUUCUUUGGCAAGCUGCUGGGACAGGAGCUGGACCCACUCAAGAAUGUGCUGGUGACAGUGGGUGCCUAUGGGGCCUUGUUCACAGCCUUCCAGGCUCUGGUGGAUGAAGGAGAUGAGGUCAUCAUCAUAGAACCUGCUUUUGAUUGUUAUGAACCCAUGACACUGAUGGCUGGAGGUCAGCCUGUGUUUGUGUCCCUGAGGCCGAGCCCUGCUCCUAAGGGACAACUGGAAUCCACCAAUGACUGGCAACUGGACCCCACAGAACUGGCCAGCAAGUUCACACCUCGUACCAAGGCCCUGGUCCUCAACACACCCAACAACCCUCUGGGAAAGGUGUUCUCUAAGACGGAGCUGGAGCUGGUGGCCAACCUGUGCCAGCAGCAUGAUGUCCUGUGCAUCUCUGAUGAGGUCUACCAGUGGCUGGUCUAUGAUGGGCACCAGCACAUCAGCAUUGCCAGCCUCCCUGGCAUGUGGGGACGGACCCUGACCAUUGGCAGCGCGGGCAAGAGCUUCAGUGCCACCGGCUGGAAGGUGGGCUGGGUUUUGGGUCCAGAUAACAUCAUGAAACACCUUCGGACUGUGCAUCAGAACUCUAUCUUCCAUUGUCCCACCCAGGCCCAGGCCGCCGUAGCCCAGUGCUUUGAGCAGGAGCAGCAACACUUCGGACAACCCAGCAGUUACUUCUUGCAGCUCCCACAGGCCAUGCAGCUAAACAGAGACCACAUGAUCCGUAGCCUGCAGUUGGUGGGCCUCAAGCCCUUGAUCUCCCAGGGCAGCUACUUCCUCAUUGCAGACAUCUCAGACUUCAAGAGCAAGAUGCCCGACCUGCCUGGUGCUGUGGACGAGCCCUAUGACAGACGCUUUGCCAAGUGGAUGAUCAAAAACAAGGGCCUGGUGGCCAUCCCUGUCUCCAUCUUCUUCAGCCAGCCCCAUCAGAAGGACUUUGACCACUACAUCCGCUUCUGUUUCGUGAAGGAUGAGGCCACACUCCAGGCCAUGGAUGAGAGGCUGCAGAAGUGGAAAAGAGAGCUCCAGCCCUGAGGCUCCUCAGCCCUCCCUACACAGUGAGGCUCAGCUGGGGCCUAUCACGGGGAUGACACUGGAGGGCCCAGCUCUGUGACUGGACAUGCUUCCAGGAAAGAGGCCACUUAUUUGGGGGUUUCAGCAAUCUUUUCCCCGUGUCUGGACUGCUGUCUCAGAUUGAGCCUCAUUCUACUCUGUAGGUUACUUGAGGGGUGUGGUUAUUUCUGGCCUCUCUGCCUGGGACAGUAAAAGAUGGGGUACCAAGCCUGGAGUCCCAGCCUCACCCCCAGCCUUAACUUAUCCCUGCUGAGGCUCAGGACUCUCCGCUUCUUCUUCUCACGUGACUUCAGGACAUUGCUUCUGGCUUGAUUGCUUUUGUUCCUAAUAAAGUUUUAAGUUAUUAGAGACCUCAA